ACUUUCUCCUCAAACAUUAGACUCUCGUAUACAAGUCCCCAAUCCAACCCAGCGAUCACUAGCACAACCACAGAGUCUCUCUCCCACUCUCCCUCUCUACUCUGGUGCAGUGUGUCACUCCGGCAUCACACAGCCACCGUAAUGGGCGGCGAGUUGCGGUACCAGAUCGGGCAAAACGCCUACAUCAAACUCAUCCUCCAUGCCCUAAAGCAUAGAUCCUCCGCCGUCAACGGCGUCCUCCUCGGCCGCCUCUCCGGCGGCGACUCCAACCCCGUCGUCGAGAUCGCCGACUCGGUCCCCCUCUUCCACUCCCAGAUCGGCCUCCUCCCUCCCCUCGAGAUCGCCCUAAUUCAGAUAGAAGAGUACUACGGUGCUCAAGGAUUGAGUAUUGUUGGUUACUUUCAUGCUAACGAGAGGUUCGAUGAUUCUGAGCUCGGAAAUGUCGCCAAGAACAUUGGCGAUCACAUACACCGAUACUUCUCCCAAGCUGGUUUGCUUUUGUUGGACAACAAAAAGCUUGAAGCUUUAUCCAAGGGAAAGGACAGGAGCCCUGUGAUACAGCUUUACACAAGAGAUUCAUCCAAGAGUUGGAAGCUAAUUGGAGAUGGAAGCAGCCGAUUAACCAUGAAGGAGCCAGCAGCAAAUAUAGUAUUGUUGGACUAUAUUUCAAAUCAGAAAUGGCAGGAUAUUGUUGAUUUUGAUGACCAUCUCGAUGACAUUAGCAAGGACUGGCUGAACCCCGAACUCUUCAGUUCAUGAGCAUUUGGCAAAAGUCGGCUAGCAUUGGUGUUUCUAAUUGGUCUUACUCAGCUGUUUAUGGCUUGAGUUUUGUAUGACGAACGACCCACAAACAAAGUAAGAUGUGGGAGGUUGAUAGUUUAUGAUUGUGGAAGAUCUUGUUGAUGUAUGAGCUGAAUAUUCAUUAUCUCCUCUUAGAUUCUAAAGAUUCUUCGGUAUUAAACUUAAUUUUCUAUUUAAAGGAACACGUUAGUUGAAGGUUUCUGGUUUUUGUUGUGGAAUGAAAGAUCUCUCUCUGUC